AAACGCUGCAGAUUUACAAACAACAUGAAGUUCUCAUUGAUUGCGCUGCUCUGCUGCCUAGUGGCCUGCACUAUGGCCUAUCCCUAUCCCGAGGGUGUGGAUCCCUCCAAGCUGAACUGGAAUCCGCCUACUCCUGAUCCCCGCCAGAAAGAACGUUGGAUGCUGGACGGUGGCUACAACAAGGACCAAACUGGCCAUGAUGUGCAUGUACAAGGACAAGCACCACUCUGGACUAGCGACAACGGACGUCAUGAGAUCGAUGUGGCUGCCAAAUACGGACAGCAUCUUGGUGGUCCUUAUGGCAACAGUCCGCCCUCCUAUGGUGGCGCUGGCAUUUACCGUUUCAGAUGGUAAUACUGCACUUAAGACUUAAUAACUUGUGGUAUUGGGAAAAUAAAUUUGAAAAUAAAUUCUCCUCUCAUUUAA